AUGUCUGCAGUGGUGGAGGGCAAACAAGGAGAGGGUGAUGAUGAGGUUGAGGAACAACAAGUGUUGAAAGAAGCAAGAAAAGAGAGCAGCAGAAUGGCUCAGAUUCAGAGGGACUUGGAUUCCUCUACGCUUUCAGAGGCCACAGUCUGUUUGCUUAUGGACCGUUUUGUGCCUUGGUGA